AUGAGCCCUCACCACGAUUAUGACGCCGUCCGCAAGGACAUCGCCGCUCUUCUGCACAUGCCCGACUAUGACGAUGGCAGCGCAGGACCCGUAUUCGUUCGACUAGCAUGGCACUCAUCCGGUACCUACGAUGCCGAGACUGAUACGGGCGGUUCCAACGGAGCCGGUAUGCGUUACGAAGCCGAGGGUGGUGACCCUGCCAACGCCGGUCUGCAGUACGGCCGCGCCUUCCUCGAGCCGAUCAAGAAGAAGUACCCCUGGAUCACGUAUUCCGAUCUGUGGACACUAGCCGGUGUAGUGGCAAUCAAGGAGAUGGGCGGACCCGAUAUCCCAUGGCAAGGCGGCCGUACCGAUCUGGUGGACGACUCCAAGGUACCACCCCGUGGCCGUCUGCCGGACGGAGCCCAGGGCGCCGACCACCUGCGGUUCAUCUUCUAUCGCAUGGGCUUCAACGACCAGGAGAUCGUAGCACUGACCGGCGGACACAACCUCGGUCGGUGCCACGGCGAUCGCAGUGGCUUCGAGGGUCCGUGGGUCACGAACCCCACGCGGUUCUCCAACUCUUUCUUCAAGCUGCUGCUGCAGCUUGACUGGCAGCCACGUAAGAUGCGCUCGGGCAACACACAGUUUGUGUACGUUGAUCCCGAUGCGGAGGAGGGCGAGGAGCCCUUGAUGAUGCUGCCAACUGAUAUGGCACUCGCUUCUGAUCCCGCCUUUGCUCCUUGGGUCCACCGGUAUGCCGAGGACAAGGAGUUGUUCUUCGAUCACUUCUCCAAAGUCUUUGCCAAGUUGAUUGAGCUUGGUAUUCAGCGUGAUGCCCAGGGCAAUGUCACCAACACGGAUGGCUCCCUCGGUGGAUACGUCUCUGCGCCUAAGAAGAGCGAUACCCCCACAGGCCCGCCCCGAGCGCGUCUGUAG